AUGUCGUUCCUCGGUGGCGCAGAAUGCUCAACCUCUGGCAACCCCCUCAGCCAGUUUCAGAAACAUGUCCAAGAUGACAACAGCCUACAGAGGGACAGACUGGUGCAGCGUGGCCCUAAUGCUCUUGCUGGCGGCUUCAGAAGCGCUGGCGCGAGCACCCCACAAGAUGAGGUAGACAUGAUCCCCAGUAUUGAAAUGAUGAACGGUUUCCUCAACAAGGCACCCGGCCUUCAACAAGAGCUGCCCAUGCAGAACGGCGCUGUCCGGAUAGACCCUGCCCACAGUGUGCACCUCCGCGCGAACUCGACAUCACCAACAUGGGCGAACGAUUUCCAGAACCAAGCCGCGAUGGAGUCGGCCUUUAACGCACCCCAAGGCACACAGUUCAGCCCUGAGGAUUUCGCGCGCUUCAGACAGAUGAACCAGCAGCCUUCGUCGGCGAGAGCAAGCCCGAUGCCCGGUCAGAUGGCCCAGCAACCGAGAAUGGGGAUGGGCAUGGGGAUGGGCAUGGGAUACAACAGCAUGAUGGGCCAGGGCAUGUUCCAGCCUAUGUAUCAGCAGCCUAUGCAACAGCAGCCUAUGCAACAGCAACCGCAGCACGAGGAUGUUAAGGGCAAGGGGAAGCUUGUGGAGCUUGACGACAACAAAUGGGAAGAACAGUUUGCGCAGAUGGAACUGCAGCAGAAGGAAGACGCCGAGGCCCAGGCGGCGGAGCCUGAACUGGAGGAAAUGGACCGGGCAAUGCAAAGUGAGACAGGCUUCGGCGAUUUCGAGUCAAUAUGGAGAGGAAUCCAGGCUGAAACUGCAGCAGCAAAAGGCAUGGUCGACGACACGACGUUCGAUAAGUUCGACAGCGAAGACUGGGGUCCAGACUUCACCGGCAUGAACGGAGACUGGGGCAGACUCGGUGACCCUGUGAUCGAAAAUUACCUUUUCGAGGAGGACAACUUCUUCAGCGAGGAGAAGAACGCAUUCGAUGAGGGCGUACGCAUCAUGCGCGAGGGAGGAAACCUGUCCUUGGCAGCUCUCGCAUUCGAGGCUGCUGUCCAGCAGAACCCAGAGCACACCGAGGCUUGGGUGUACCUUGGAUCGGCACAGGCACAGAACGAGAAGGAGACUGCUGCAAUCCGUGCGCUUGAGCAAGCUCUCAAGCAAGAUCCUAACAACUUGGCUGCUCUCAUGGGUUUGGCCGUCUCUUACACCAACGAAGGAUACGAUAGCACCGCCUACCGGACACUCGAGCGCUGGCUCUCGGUUAAAUACCCAAACAUCAUCGCACCAACGGACUUGCACCCCAUGGCCGAGAUGGGAUUCACCGACCGCCAACAGCUGCAUGACAAGGUAACCGGUCUGUUCAUCAAGGCUGCACAACUCAGCCCGGAUGGCGAACAUAUGGAUCCUGAUGUUCAGGUCGGUCUCGGCGUCCUAUUUUAUGGUGCUGAAGAGUACGACAAGGCUGUCGACUGCUUCACGGCGGCUCUGCACUCUUCGGAACUUGGAACCUCAAACCAGCAAGAGCAGCUGCAUCUUCUCUGGAAUCGUCUCGGCGCUACCCUCGCUAACUCUGGCCGCUCUGAGGAGGCUAUUGCUGCGUACGAGAAGGCAUUGAGCAUUCAUCCCAACUUCGUGCGUGCCCGUUACAAUCUUGGCGUCAGCUGCAUCAACAUUGGAUGCCACGCUGAGGCUGCGUCGCACUUCCUCGCGGCGCUCAACAUGCACAAGGCCAUUGAGAAGAGCGGCCGCAACAUGGCGUACGAGAUUCUGGGCAGUGGCGAGAGCUCACGCGGCGGUACCAACACAGCUCAACUCGACGAGCAGAUUGACCGUAUGACGGCCCAGAACCGGAGCACAACGCUCUACGACACUUUGAGAAGGGUGUUCACGCAGAUGGGACGCCGAGACCUGGCCGAGAAGACGGUUGCGGGUGUAGAUCCCGAGAUCUUCAGAGGCGAGUUCGACUUCUAG